ACUGGAAUUCACAUUUCUCUGUGGAGACACUGAGUAUAAAUUUGUAUCAGAUGGGGGAAAUGGAGGAGGAGCCGCUGUUGGAUCUCGCUGUGGCUGCACUCAGCGUGGUUGUGAAGAGGGGCUUUGCAGAACCACAGCCUCGCGGUUGCUGCCCUGCAGAAUAAGGCAGAGAUUCCAUCAGAGUGUGUUAGUGCGCAGAGUUCUGGUGCUAGGGGACGAACCUGAACUUGUCUGUAAGCGAAACGUGAAGUGUGGAGCAGCAGAGACUUCUGCAAUCCCUGCCAGGCCUGGCGCAGAGCCAGUUUCCAUAGCUGGCCUUGCAACAGACAACAGCCCAGGAGACAGAGCAUGAUGGCUCGUGGCAUCUCGGGGCUCAUGCGAUCCUUGUGGAGUGGACUGAAUAUGAGCAAGAUUGGUUUUAUUUAUCUGCGUGAGGUGGCUGAGCAGUGUCACACACCAGUGAAGCAGUGGUGGAGAAGAGGCUUCAGCUCCACGCACAAGCUCCAGGACGCCCCUGGGGAGUUGAGCUCUGCGGACCAGGUGAUGGUGCAUUUUAUAAAUCGGGAUGGAGAGAGAUUUACAGCCACGGCCAAAGAAGGGGAGAGUUUGCUGGAAGUGGUAGUUAAUCAGAACUUGGCCAUUGAUGGAUUUGGUGCGUGUGAAGGGACAUUAGCCUGCUCCACCUGUCACCUCAUCUUUGAGAAGGACGCCUUCCAGAAGCUGGAUGCCAUCUCAGAUGAAGAGCUGGACAUGCUGGACUUGGCGUACGGGCUGACGGAGACCUCUCGCCUUGGCUGCCAGGUGCGUGUUAAGAAGUGGAUGGAUGGUCUGACGGUGCGAGUCCCUGUGGAUGUGUCGGACAUCAGGAGGCAGCUGGAGGUUGGAAAGCAAAGCAAACAGUAGCUGGAAACAACUCCUGCACAACUCACAUCCUCAUGUUAGGUGUGGCAGGGUACUCGCUUUGGGUUAAUACUAUUGUUUUUUGUGGCUGGCUUGCGGUACACUGUAGAGGUCUGAUUCAGUAUAAAUGUCUGUUCAACAAAUCUCUUAUUUAAACGAAGCUUAAUACUGUGGGUUUUGGUACAUGUUUUAAGUGCCUAAGUGCUCUGAAUACAACUGGACUAAAGCGUAUGGCUUCACCUUUCCCUGGGCGGGGGACAGUAAACAUCUGUGCUAUGACUCACCCUCUCCUUUGAAAUUUAAGGAAUUCUGCUAUUCUAAGUAAUUGCUGGGAAUUUUGCAAGGUUUGGCUCUUUAACUGUAGAGGGGAUUUUUCCCAGUUUGGGGAGCUUAAGAGAGAGCUGUUCCAAGCACAAGACGGUGUGCUGUUGGCUUGAUGGUACAGGCUGGGCUUGGUUAGCCCUCCGGUACCGGCAGCUCCUGGGGCAGGAACCGCUUUCUGUGAAUCCAAGAUGUUACACGUCACUGUAUUGUUAUGUGCCAUAACCUGCUACUUUCUCCAAAUAUUAAGUUUUCCCAUUGCUGUAAUACCACAUGAAAUAAAAUUCUAAUAGUCAGUCUAAUAGACCUAUGAG